AUGUCCUUAGAAGACACAGUAAAAAGCCUCGCCACAAGUACUCAAAGAUUUCAACAAGAAACCAAGGCAAGCAUAAAAAGCUUGGAGCAACAAGUAUCACAACUUGCUCAAUCCGUGAGUAAGAUGGAGUCGCAAGGCAAGCUAUCCUCUCAAAUGGAGAAGAACCCAAAACACAAUGCGUGUGCAAUUACACUAAGAGGUGGGAAAAGCUAUGAAAGUCCAGGGAUGCCGGAUGAAGAAGAAGAAGAAGAAGAAGAGAAAGAGAUUGAGGUGGAAGAAGCUGUCAAAGAAGAGGAAAAGAAUAGUACUCCAAAGUCCAAGAAGCUAAUAGAAUCCGAAGUGAAAGUCACACCAGCUCCAUUUCCUUCAAGGCUGGCAAGCACCAAAAGAGAAAGGGAAGAUGACGAAAUCAUGACCAUGUUUCGAAAGGUUGAAAUCAAUAUCCCUCUUUUAGAUGCCAUUACACAGAUUCCUAGAUAUGCUAAGUUCCUUAAGGAACUUUGCAUAUCUAAGAAAAAUCUUAAAGGAAAUCAAACUGUGAAGGUUGGUGAAAAUGUCUCAGCCAUGUUACAAAAGCGGCUACCAAAAAAAUGCAAGGACCCGGGUGUUUUCACGGUUCCUUGCAAAAUGGGUAACCUUUUUGUACCACAUGCCAUGCUUGAUCUUGGAGCAUCAAUUAAUGUUUUACCAUAUUCAAGUUAUAAGACAAUGGGAAUUGGACCUUUAGCAAAAGCCGGAGUUAUCAUUCAACUUGCUGACCGGUCUUUGGUACAUCCGAAAGGUGUAUUGGAGGAUGUGUUAGUGCAAGUUAAUGAGCUUGUUUUUCCCGCUGACUUUUAUGUUUUAAACAUGGGUGAUGAAAACACCCCACAAUCGAGCUCCAUCCUUUUGGGGAGACCCUUUAUGAGUACCACAAAACAAAAAUAG